CUGGGCCGGUGACCUGGGCAGCGUCCGGCUGGCCUCUGGCUGCUGACCCAGGUCCAGGUGGGCGGAGGCUGGGCUGGACGUGGCAGGUGCCCAGUGGAGUUUCAGUGUGAGCUUCCUCAGCGGCUGGUGAGCAGGCACCCCAGAAGCUCACGCUGCCCUGCCGCCCCCAUGGGGCCCAGGGAGCAGACCUUCACGGCUCUGCUGGCGGUCGCGGCAGUGGCGGGCCUCACCACCCUCAUCCUCCUCCUGGUGGAUGCCACGAGUGUCCUCCUGCCCACAACCACCAAGUUCGGGGCCGUGCUGGACGCAGGCUCCUCGCACACCUCGCUCUUCCUGUACCAGUGGCCGGCAGACAAGGAGAACAACACAGGCGUGGUCAGCCAGGCGCUGGCCUGCCGGGCACAAGGCCCUGGAAUCUCCUCGUACGCGGCCAACCCCAUGGGAGCUGCCGAGAGCCUGCGGGACUGCCUGGAGGAGGCGGUGGCGCACAUCCCGCAGGCCCAGCACGGGGAGACGCCGCUGUUCCUGGGGGCCACAGCGGGUAUGCGACUGCUCAGCCAGAAGAACAGCUCCCAGGCCGCGGAGGUCUUCGACGCCGUGUCCCGAGUCCUGGCACAUUCCCCUCUGGAUUUCCGGGGUGCUGAGCUCCUAAGCGGGCGGGAUGAAGGUGCCUUCGGGUGGAUCACGGCCAAUUACCUGCUGGGCAGGCUGGUUAAGUACUCCCCGGUUGGGAAGUGGAUCCGGCCCGUGGAGGAGGCCCUGGUGGGCGCCCUGGACCUGGGCGGGGCGUCCACCCAGAUCAGCUUCGUGCCCGAGGGCCCAGUCCUGGACGCGCGCAGCCAGGCCACCUUCCGCCUGUACGGCACCACGCACAGCCUCUACGCGCACAGCCAUCUGUGCUUCGGGCGUGACCAGGCGCUGCUCAGGCUGCUGGUGGGCCUGCUGCAGGUCAGGCUCUCCCCGGGGUGCGGGGCGGGGCAGCGCACCCCGCUGGCCCUUGCUCCAGGUCCCGCCUCCCCACAGGGAAACCUGACGGGUCCUGUCCGUCACCCAUGCUACCACAGCGGCUACCGGGCCACGCUGGCCCCGGGCGUCCUGUACGAGUCCCCGUGUGUGCGCGACCCGGCGAUCCCGGGUCUCCCGCAGAACCUGACGGUGGAGGGGACGGGCAACCCCGCGGCCUGCGUCGCGGCCAUCCGGACGCUCUUCAACUUCUCCAGCUGCGUGGGCCGGGCCGAUUGCGCCUUCGACGGGGUCUACCAGCCUCCCGUGCGCGGCCCCUUCUACGCCUUCUCCAGCUUUUACCACACCUUCCACUUCCUCAACCUGACCGCUGGGCAGACUUUGGACAUGGCCAACGCCACCGUCUGGGCUUUCUGCCAGAGAUCCUGGAAGCUGGUGGAGGACAGCUACCCCGGGCAGGGGUACUGGCUGCGAGACUACUGUGCCUCCGGGCUGUACGUGCUGACGCUGUUGCUGGACGGCUUCGGCUUCAGCCAGGAGACCUGGGCCAGCAUCCAGUUCCGGGCACAGGCUGAUGGCACCGACCUGGGCUGGACGCUGGGCUACAUGCUCAACCUGACCGGCCUCCUCCCCGCCGACGCCCCGGCCCAGUGGCGGGCCCAACACCCGGGCGUCUGGGUGGCCGGCGUAGUCUUCACGGUGCUGACCCUCGUGGCCAUCCUGGGGGCUUUCGCAGUCCAGCUCUUCUGGCCCCAGGACUAGCAGGGGUUGCCCACGCCCUGCCCCCUCCAGGCCCAUGGAAUAGACUGCGCUGCCCCAGACCGAGUUUUUAUUCAC